CUCACAGGCCGCGGUCACCGAGGACGAUGUCUUGGCAAAAACACACUUUUCUCUGGAUCAUCUUCUGUGCUACAUGCCAGAUAACCUGCUCAAAAAUGAUGAUUGUGGGUCAUAACCUGAGUGUUUAUUCAGGAGACACAGGCUGUCCAGCUGUACAACUGACGUGCCGACCAGGCGGCGAUACACUGACAAAGAACUUUUGCAUAAUGAAUGUGAAACAAGAAGCAUCUUCAAUGGGAAACUGCACAACAGAAUCUGGAGACACAUUUCAUUUCGCCAUAACAAGCAAUGGGAGUGAAUAUGAAGUAAUGAUGAAUGAGACCGUGAGAGACAUCACAAUGUUGUUCCUGCCAGAUCAGCUGCAAUAUCUGCCAUCAAACGUUGAUCAGAAUUUAACAGGUUACUCACACGCAUCUUUUAUCUGCCUGCGUGAUCUUGGAGGUAUUUUGAAUGUCAAAGAAUAUCUUGUUGAUCCUCAGGAGACCUGUUAUGUGGCGGCCUACAGCCAUUCUGCAUGCGACGGAAAAAAAGAAAGCAAAUACGUUCUGCAGGUCAGUGGGACUCAAACGAAGUGUGUGAGCUGCAUCAAACCAUCAAAAACCACCAGUUCCUCAGAAGCUUCAGGGAUGAUGGACAACCUCGAGAACAUUGCAGACAAGAUGGAACGAAACAAUCAAAGCAUUAAACCCAUUGUCAUGGGAGGAGUUAAAGGUCUCGUGUACAGACAGGACAGGAGCACAGAACCCAAAGACGUCACCAUGUUCUCCUCAUCAGAUCAGGAUGAGAUAAGUGUUACCGAGGCUCAAAAUAUCGGGCAGAAACAGUAUUCCUGGUUAGUAAAAAUCUCAGCGGAGGCAUUCAAUAAAUCCCGUCUGGAAAACAACGGAAGCGCAUUUGUUGGAGUUCUUCAGUUCAAAAACAUGGACGUCAAUGACGAAGCUAAACAUCUCAUUGUUUUGAAUAAUGAGGUUUAUGGAAUAUCAAUNUGCAGGUUGUGGACUAUAUGA